UAAUUGCAAUUAGUCCCCAAUGAUAAAAGCACGCCCAGUCUGCAGGGCUGCAUCGCCGCACUUUCUCGUACACCUCAACCAACGAGAUUUGGCGACCUCAAUUCCAUGACCUAUGACCAUAUGACCGUAUCCGAAGGAGUUGGGCGCGCAAUUUCGUCCCACAACCUUGCUGCCUUUGCAAGCGCCGAUGAGCCCGUAGCAUGGCCCCUAAAGUUCUUCUGCGACUGCAUCACCAACGAUCGUGCCGACCUUCAAAAAUUCCUGUCUUCAGACGUACUUCUAGUUCGACUCUGCAGAGCUCAGACCCACGAAUAUAUUGUUAUGCUCAUGGGCACUGCCGGUCUAGAGUACCUAGGCGGGAAAAACGUAUGGAUUCGAUGCGAACGACGUCCAACCCUCAUACGCCUUGCAUCACUCCCGUUUCAGGACCCUCGCGCCUCCGACACCUUGACGGUAUCGUUCCACGAAGCCAAACUUUCCCCGGAUCAACACGUUCGAUCCAUCGUCACUCGAGGGUUGAAACUUGGCAACGUCGUCGACCUUUGGCGUAUAAUUGAGCGAGAGUCGCCGUUAUACCGCCUGUUCUCUCUCAACUGCUGGUGGUUUGCGUCAGUCAUUUGGCAAAACCUUGCACAGUUGUUCCCGGGAGAGCCCCCAAUAAUCACCCAUCAGAAUCUAUUGAAGAGGGUGAUUAAAUUUGUGGGACCAGAUACCGAACGCCAGACGGAGGCCGUCACUCGCAUGUUUAUCGCGAAGACAGGGAUUUUAUUGGAUCCAACAACACCGCAGACCCCAACUCGUUCAGAAAGGCGGCUUCGUUUCCGACCCACACCUUCACGGUCCGUGUCACUGGAGUCAUCCCAAACUUCCGACCCUCCAACCCUGCCAUCAUCUAUGUUCGAGUCCCCCCUAGAGGAAUGUUUUCAAAUAGGAGAUAUACCCGAGUCGCCUAAACACUGGCAUUCUCAUCUGUCUCUUGCAUUGGAAUCAUCUGACCUUGAGACCAAGAUCGUGUUCUUGGUCACAUACAGAGCUUUUGCAAAUGGCAUGGCUGUGUUGGACGCCCUCAAGAUCGCCUCGCGUUCCAACACUCACUCUCUACUGCCGGCUAUCCAGAUAGCUAAGCUCUGGUCAAUGGAUGCUUUCAAGGAUCGUCACGUUGAAGCUCCCGUCAGAGAGUGGGUGGUCCGCAAGAGUUCAGCCUUGGCCGCAGAUGCCCGGCACAUGCUUGUAGACCCAGUAUUUCUAAACUAUCCUACCCUUGGGCACCCACGUCACAGGCAUGCACCGGUAUAUACACAUCCCUCUUCUAUUCUUGUGGACCCGGACAAGUUGCGUUCUCGAAGGAGCGGCGAGGUGCAGAAAGUCAUUGCAGCGUUGCGUCAACGGGAGAUGGACAUGAGGGAAAGGCUUCUUCCCCUAACUAUCAUGGAGUGGCUUGAGUGGGUGUAUUCACCCCACGCUAGGGAAUGGUCUCGUGAACCCGGGCCUCAGCUCUUCAAUACGUCCGAAGAGAUAUAUUACUGGGUCCUGAACACCAUCCUCUGCGAGGAUUUCGAGGAGCGGAAAGAAUGGUAUAGAUGUUUCUUGGAAUUAGCGGAUCGCUGUCAGCGGGAUGGAAAUUAUGCUUGUAUGUGCGCAAUCGUGCAAGCCCUGGAUUCCGACCAUAUCCGUGGCCUGAAAUCCACGGUGAAGGACACAGAAGGGAAGUCCCGAGUCCUCUUCCAGGAGUCGGAGUCUCUCGGGCGUAUUGAGGAAUCGAAGAGAUUCGACAUCGCGGGUCCACGCCUUUACCCACUCGAUGCCCUCCGUGAUCAUUUACGCGAUUCAUUCGAAGCUGCAUCAUCAGAUGAGAAUGGGAGGGUGAGGUGGUCGGCAUGUCGCGAUUUAUUCGCAAAGCUUAUCCGCAUCAACGCCACGGGAGCGGCAACACGAUCUUCAUCAGAUCCUAUGGGUGUGUUCCUUGACAAGCAAAUCAAGGAGGGCUCAAGAGAUCGAGCUUCAAUCGCCGAACGAGCGGCAAGACUGAUGAAUAUCGAUGAAGUCCAGUGUCGCGCAUGGUGGAGCGCGAAAGCGUUUUGAUUAUUUCUUCGGGCUUUGUUCUCUGGUUUGUUUUUUGAUUGUACCUUGUAUUUCAGC